CACAACAACCUCCCAUAGCAUCCCUAUGAGUAAAGAGAACACCGAUAUUUAUGGCCCUUUAACUGACCUCUUUAACGCGGCCAAUUCUUUGAAAUUGGAUAUUUUCCUGUCCUUCCUUGACUGUGGGCGCAAAACCUGUUAGCUACAACAAUGAGCGCGCCGAUCACUUCAGAUACAACGCUCUUGACAGAGCAUUUAACCUAUAGACCAGCGGCCUUGAUCGAUGAUAUAAUAAAUAGCAUAAACACCCUCGCGUUCAAAGCGACCGAUGCCGUCGAGAAAGGCCUCCUCUCCGCCGACCCAGCCAAUCUAGGCUUUCAAAUCCCCCCUCAAACCUCUCCCGAAGCCGAAGAAGCCGCCAUAGCGAUCCAAGAGAAAGCGAAGCUCGAGAUCGAGAACGGGGUGCAUCAACUAGAAACGCUGCUCGAGGCCAAAAUCGACAAGAAUUUUGAUAAAUUAGAGGUGUGGGCAUUGAGGAACGUCUUGAGCGUGCCCCCGGAAGUCAGGAACUGGGUACGGUUGAGUCAUUACGAGGGAUUGAACUUUACACACGACGCCGAUGCGCCGAGUAGUGAGUCGAUUGCGCUCCAGCGGAGGAAACUGAGGGAGACACAGAAGUUGCAUUCGUUGCUGCUGGCCGAAACAGCGAAAAAUGAAGCUACGAUCUCAUCACUGAAGGCGUUGCUUUCCAACCAAGUCCCAAAAACGGAGCCCAAGGAUGAUGCAGAGCCGGAAUAUCCUACUUUUGCGUUCUUGCAGAAUAGGGGUGAUUUGACGGGCGAUGGAUCGCAUCCCAUCAGCACAACUGCCUCAUUCGCAUUAUCACAAUUGCCGGCUUUGAAGGCAUUACUGCAGAACUUGAAACCGCGGCUAAAGAACUUGGCAAAUGGUGACGACAAGCAGGGUCUGGUUGGGGAGGAAGAAAAGAGCUGGAGGAGGCAGAGAUUAGAAUUCGUGGAAAAGGAGACAAGAAGGCACCUGGAGAACGUACGGGGCCUGGAAUUGGGCGAGAUGGGAGAGGUUAUAGAUGGCGAAUGGCAAAAAGAAGGAAGGCGACUUGGGAAAGGUGAAGUGGAGGACCUGGAACGAGUUGUGGGAAUGGUUGGCGGAGGGGAUGCUAAGGGUGAGAGUGUGUAAAACUCCAUUUAGAAUGCUUUGCAGUCCGGGAAUAGGCGUUUUUGGAAUACCAGGAGGACAGUUUAGGUUAAGGAGAACAGGGGAAUACUUGGUGGAAAGAUAUCAAGGACAAGGACGAUAGCAACCGGGCGAAUACCAACAAACACCCAACUAGAUUCACUAGUAUGAACUUAGAACUAAUAAUUCUGAUAUACGACUAGCAUCAGGAUCCAUUAUAUCUACCUUAGUACCUAGCUGUACAAUUUUAGAGCAGUAUUCAAGCAGAGUUCACG